AUGCAUCUUCUUCGCUACAUUCCUGCCCUUCUUUCGUUUACAGUCGCGGUUACAAAUGGAUUUUUCAAUUUCACUGAUAUAGAUAUGGAAGCCGUCGGAAAAUCCUAUCAUAAUAAUGGAAACAACUCUGUCAUUGACUAUUGCGCAAAGCUAACAGUCAAGCAACAUCCUCUGCAAGAAGAGCUAACCAAUACAACACUUACAAAAGCUUCAAGAAGUGGAAUGCUAGGAGCUCCCGAGGUGCUCACUCUUGGAGAGAACUUCAUUCAUUUGAUAGGAGGAAAAAAGGCUCUUGACGUAGGAACAUACACUGGCGCCUCGGCCCUAGCUUGGGCUCUUGCUGCUGGAGAAGGUGGAAAGGUGCGCAAGAAAAAUUGGCUAUGCCUUGUCCAGCGUUUGAUAGCUGAAGGUGAGAGCGACACCUUCGACUUCGCCUUUAUCGAUGCAGAUAAGCUCAACUAUCCAGAAUAUUACGAUCGUUGUGUUACCCUUCUUAGAAAAGGCGGCGUUAUUAUGAUUGACAAUGUAAGAACUGUCAUUCUUCCAACUUCAAGUAGAUGUUCUAGA